GUGGGCAAACAAAAUUUCAAUUCAGCCAUUGAAGAAAAAAGGAGGAUUUUUAAUCCCAAAAUUUCUCGGAUCUAAAGCGCCUCUGAGAUAGUCCUUAUGACAUGGGUGGAAACGAUGUGUCCUCUGAUCAAGUUAUUGAAAAACUUAUUGAAAUGGGGUUUGAAAAUUCUGAUGCUGUAGAAGCUGUAGAAGCCGUAGGACCAUCAGUUGAUGCUGCGGUUGAGUAUGUUUUGAAUGGUUGUGAUAGGGAUACUCUCGGUUCGUCCACUAGUUCUCAAUGUUCUCCAAGGGAUUUAAAGAGUUCGGGUAAGAGAGUUAUGACCUCUUCCCAAUGUAAAAGUCAAGGGCGACAAUCCACGAUAUGGGAUCAUUUUCAAUCCACAAGCAAACGUAAGCAAAACGGAGGUAAUGAUACAUCUGAUGGGGUUGUGUCCAGAACCCAGGGGCUGCCUAGUCUUGAGGAAGAACAAAAGGGACCAUUCCUCCUUAUAAAUAAUCAAUUAGAAAAUGUGGCAGAACCAUUUGGAUCAAAUUGGGAACCAAAGGUUAACUGUUUAUUAAGAAAGCAUUUUGGUUAUUCAUCUUUGAAGAGUUUCCAGAUGGAAGCCUUGGCUGCAUGGCUUGCUCACCAAGACUGUCUUGUUCUUGCUGCAACAGGAUCUGGGAAGUCCCUCUGUUUCCAGAUUCCGGCAUUAUUAACAGGAAAAGUUGUAGUUAUGGUUUCUCCUUUGAUAAGCUUGAUGCAUGAUCAAUGCUUAAAAUUAUCAAAACAUGGGGUCUCUGCUUGUUUUCUUGGAUCUGGACAACCAGACAGCAGUGUGGAGAAGAAAGCGAUGAGAGGAAUGUAUAGUAUUAUAUAUGUUUGUCCAGAAACAAUUCUGAGGUAG